UAACACACACACUCCAGACACCCCGUCUAACACACACACUCCAGACACCCCGUCUAACACACACCCUCCGGACACCCCAAUAGCGCACAGCAGCAGUCAAACAGACAGAACUGCAGAGGUUUGGAGCGCCACACAGAGAGGUCUGAAAACACAAACUGGAAUGACCACUCCAGGUACCAUGACGACCACUGUAGGAACCAUGACGACCACUGCAGGGACCAUGACGACCACUGCAGGGGGCAUGACGACCACUGCAGGGACCAUGACGACCACUGCAGGGACCAUGACGACCACUGCAGGGGCCAUGACGACCACUGUAGAGACCAUGACGACCACUGCAGGGACCAUGACGACCACUGCAGGGACCAUGACGACCACUGCAGGGGCCAUGACGACCACUGCAGGGACCAUGACGACCACUACAGGGGCCAUGACGACCACUGCAGGGGCCAUGACGACCACUGCAGGGGCCAUGACGACCACUGUAGAGACCAUGACGACCACUGCAGGGACCAUGACGACCACUGCAGGGGCCAUGAUGACCACUGUAGAGACCAUGACGACCACUGCAGGGACCAUGACGACCACUGCAGGGACCAUGACGACCACUGCAGGGACCACAGACAUGGCAACAACCACAGCAGGAGCCCCAGCAGCAAUAAAUCCACAUCUACUGCCGCGCCCCACCCGCUGGCGUACCCUCCCCCCUCAUCAGUUCGUGGGCGUCGAGGUCGACUAUGAUGACCAAUCUGAAGAAGAGGAGGGACGGAUCCAUACAACGGGGACUCUAUGUGACUUCGACCCCUGCCUGCACCUGCAGAGAACCUGCCCAGAGGUCAGGGAGUCCAAAGGGCGGAGCUGCCGCUGCCCGGGCCUGACUCCACCUUCAGUGACCCCCGACCCCGUGGUGGGGCUGGAGGUGUGGGACGUGUGGCCCGAGGCAGUCAGAGUGCGCUGGUGCGCCCCGUACUCCUCCGUGAGCAUGUUCAGCGUGUGGGCUCUCGGGGACAGCGACAGCAUGUUGUCCAACAGCAGCGUGAGCUCCUGGUCACGCCAGGCCAGCGUGUACGGGCUGGAGCCGGGCCGGCGUUACCACGUGUGCGUGAGAGCGGCGAACCAGGCGGGAAAGUCGCACAUCCGCUGUGUCCCCGUGUCCACGCCGAUCGCUGUAGAGGCCACCGUGUUGUAUGUCCUGGUUGGACUGUGUUCCGCCCUGGUGAUAGCGGUCAUCGCGUUAAGCGUUUGGCUGCACCGGCUCAGGAAGAGAGGCCUGGGCUCGAGGACAAACGCGCUCUACGACCUGGACACGCUCCACGACCCGCGUCUCACCAGGCUGGUCUCCAUUCCUAACCCCGCCUACACACACACGGAGGAACACUCUGUGUCCUCGUCCGCGCACGCCUGCUACACGGCCAAAGACCAGCUGAAGUAGUCCAACUUUACGCAAGAACAACACGUGUCGCGCCUGUACAGGGCCGGAAGGCCAGCUACACCCGUCAGCACCGCGACACACCCGCAUUGCGUUGGUGACACGCCAGCCCAGUUGACUCUUGCUGUUGGUAACGGCUGUAGCCUUUUCUCUGACAUUGUCACAGAGAGGAAGAAAUUAACUUGCAUUUAGUACACCUUGUGUGUGUGUGUGACAAAUACGAUAAGUGUUGAGUUUUCUGCCCAACGAUGUCUAUAGUGGUACAGUAUUAUUGUCGUCACAGCUCCCUCUAUUUUCUUUGGUAAACCCCAGAUAGACUGACACUGUAUAAUAUGUAAAUCAUUCAUUGGUAUUCCUCAUCCACUGAACUUUGUGUGUCAUUAUAGUGUUUCAGUCCGGCGAGACGGAGAUCUGUCUUUGUGAGGAGUAGCCAGAGGAGGGCAGUAGAACAUCACCUCAGAGUAACAAUGUUUAAAACAUCUUUAUCUAUGUCCUUGGUUCCUUAACUAGUUCCUUUGUAAUGGGAUUCAAUAUUAUCUUAAAAUGUAUGAGAAUGAGGCAGUUUAACAUGCAUAAAAAAAUAUUUAUUCACCCUUAACUUCUUCUAUAAAGAUAUUUUUUUCAUG